UUCCUCGCUCGAUCCCCAAAUCAAAUCGCUGUCCUCCACCUAACCCUAGCCGCUCGAGCCGCCAUCCUCGAUCCCCAAAUCCCUUCUCCCUCCACCAAACCCUAAUCCAAAGCUAGCUAGCUAGGUAGCCGCCAUGGCCCCUCCGAUGGUUCUGCUCGACCGCGAGGUUGAGUUGUGCGAUGAGGAGGCGGGGAUCUACGAAGGGCCAGUCCGCUGCUCGUGGGGACUACCAGCAAGAAGCUCAGCCGAGGGCCCGGAAAAGUUGAUUCAUGCAGUCGCGGAGUACCUGCAGACAUUCAAGGCCCAGCCGCUCGUCGCCGAUCCGCCGGAACUCUCCUCCCUCAACAUACGGCCGCCGAAAUCCGCCCCGGUCCCGCCGACAGCCGGCCUGGAAUCGGGCUGCAUCUCCAGCGCAGACAAGCACCUGGUCGCCCUCUACGCCGGAGGCUACCGCCCUGGCUACAGCUUGCCGGGGGGCUAUCUCAUCUACGACGCCAGCAACGACUCCAUCUCCGCCAUCCCUUGCAUCCCCCCCGGCACCUGCAGGACUACAGCCAUGGGGUUCCAGUCGGCCGUCGUCAUGUGCGGCGCCACCGGGGAAGGCGGUUACCUUCUUGCUGAGCUCGUCUGGGUCUGUACACAAGACUCCCAAGCCGCGCUCUGGCUGUGGGAGUCGUCCGCCAAACAAUGGGACGUCAAGCUCAGGGACCUGCCCCUUCCACCCGGCACCACCGCCUUCAACUUCUCCGUCCACUCGUGCUUCUCUUUUGGGGGCUCUUUCCUCUGCUGGGUGGAUCUACACCGUGGCAUGUUGCUCUGUGAUCUGCGCAAGGACUGCAACUUCAGCUUCAUUGAGUUGCCCCAAGGACCUCCAGACUAUGAUGCCUCCGAUUAUCCAUACGGCCCCUGCGCUGAGGAGUUCCGUUCCGUGGCCUGUGUUCAUGGCUCCGUCAAGUUCCUCGCCUUCAAUACAUUUGUUGAACGCGAGCCCGGCGAAACAUUUGGACUGGCCGUCUGGACUCUGUCGCCUGACCACUCAGCGUGGAGCAGAAGCUACAAGUGCAGCUUUGGAGACAUCUGGGCUAACGCCAACUUCCAGUCUGCUGGUUUGGGACAGCUUUCUCCGUCGUUCCCUGUCCUGAGCAUCCAUCAAGACGGCGUCGUCUACCUAGUCGUAAAUGAUACCAGUGCGGUGGGUCGUCGACUAGUGUUCAACGCCCGGUACUUGCUUCGUGUCGACAUGGGGAAUAACAACGAUGUCCAGGUCUAUCAACAGAAGACGACGCGUAUUCGUUCCCAGCUCUUUGCAAGUGAGUUCAGUGCGCACCGACGACAGGAGCACCCGCCAGAGAGAGAUGGAAUCUAGCGAGUUUGGUGCAAGUGGAAAGAGGAUGAAGGCCUGAGAUCCUUGCAACAUAUCAUGUGGAAAUUUGGACCGCACCAUUAUCAGUUGUUUCUGCUUAGGAGGUCCACUGGAGACAUUUAAUGUCGUCAUUAUCAAGUAUUAGUAGUUAAACUGGAUGUUGGGUAGUAUGCAUUAUGUAUGAGUCAUGGCUCUAUGUCUAGUGAGUGGCUUCUUUUGGAUUGUAACUUGCAUCAGCGUCAUUUUCUUGCAUGAAUCCUACUGGUUUGAUUUAGAAACAAUGUUAGAUGUUUCGAACUA